AUGUCUGUCCCUCUCACCGCACCCAGUACCGCAACCACCGUGCAGACCGCCGCGGUUCCCACCAAGACCGAACCGUUUAAGCACCCCCUCGAUCCCCUUCUUCCAGAUGAGAUCGUCGCGGUUUCGCACUCUGUCCGCCGUCAUGCCGCAGAGAAGGCCGGCAUCAAGGCCGUUCGGUUUAUUACCAGCUACCUCCUCCCACCGCCCAAGAAAGCCGUUCUCGCCUUCCUUGGUAUCCCGCUCUUGACCGGAGAGAAGCCCGAGCCCGUUGCGCACAUCGUCAGGAAGGCAGAAGUUGACUUCGUGGAUGCCGUCACCGGGACCGCAUACAACACCAUUGUCGCGCUUAAAGACAAGGAGUGGGAGGUGGAGACGCUUGACAAGCUUCCCGAAGGCGUCCAGCCUCAGAUUUCAGUGGAGGAGCUGCUACUUUGUGAAGAGAUCAUUCGAGCGGACGAACGCGUGAUCAAACUUGCUGCAGACAUCGGCGUCAAGGCAGAACAGCUUCAUGCUGACGGCUGGGCCAUCGGCUUCGACGAUCGGUUUCCGGCGAAUGUACGCGUACAACAGGCUAUCUUGUUUGCUCGCUGGGGCAGACACGAGAAUCUGUACGCGCAUCCGCUGGAUUUCGUACCCGUUGUCGACUCGGUCGCCCGCAAGGUCAUUCACAUCGACUUCCCCUCAUGCUAUAAGAAGUCGCCAUCCAAAUCCGUCUUUGACGGGACCGGCGUGGCAGUCGACCUUACUGUCCCUACCACAGUACCCCUGCCUUUGAAGGAGGACACCUUUGAUAGCGCACAGCGCUCACGGGUUCCUCCGCCACAGAGGUCGUAUGACUUCUUGCCCGACCUGCUUGCGAAGGAGGGCAUGAAGUUCCGCGAUGACGUCAAGCCACUUCACGUUAUCCAGCCGGAAGGUGUCAGUUUCAAGGUCGAUGGGAACGUCGUCGAGUGGCAAAAGUGGAAGAUGCACAUCGCAUUCCACCAUCGCGAGGGCAUCGCGCUUUCUACGAUCACUUACAACGACGAUGGCAACGUCCGGCCGAUUUUCUAUCGCCUCUCGCUCUCGGAGAUGGUCGUUCCUUACGGCGCGCCUGAACAUCCUCACCCCAGGAAGCAUGCUUUCGACGUUGGGGAGUACGGUAUGGGUACGAUGGCAAACGAGCUCACUCUGGGAUGCGACUGUUUGGGUCAGAUUCACUAUCUGCCUGGGGCUUACGUUGCUCACGAUGGAUCGGCCGUCGUCGUCAAGAACGCUAUUUGCAUUCAUGAAGAAGACGCUGGUUUGCUGUGGAAGCACACCGACUUCCGUGUCGGUGGACGCUCGCAGGCGGUUCGGAGUCGACGGCUCGUCAUCCAACAGACGUGCACACUGGCGAAUUACGAGUACAUCUUCAACUACGUCUUCUACCAGGAUGGGAAUAUCGAGCUUGAGAUCCGCCUGUCUGGCAUUCUGCAGGUCUACGCGAAAGCAGAGGAGGAGCCAAACCCUAACCCUUUCGGCACGACUCUCGCGCCGGGUAUCAACGCGCAUUACCACCAACACAUCUUCUCUUUCCGUGUCGACCCCAUGGUCGACGGCCUCAGCAACUCCGUCGUCGAGACCGAUGUCGUCCCCCUACCGAACGCACCCACCGGCUCCGCCGCCAACUACGCCGGCAACGCGUUCACCACCGUCAACACCCCCGUAACGCCCGCCUCCGCCGGUGGACGCGAGUACGACUACACGACGGACCGGCGUUGGGCCAUCGUGAACCCGGCGCGCGUGCACCCGCACUCGAACCGCGUCGCGGGCUACUCGAUCAUGAGCAAGGGCGCGGGGGUGCCGCUGAUGGCGCGCCCGGACAGCAUCAUCGCGCGCCGCGCGCCGUGGGCCGCGAAGCCGGUCUGGGUCGUCCGCGACGAGGAGGGCGCGAAGGGCGGGCGGAUGUGGCCGUCGGGCAAGUACGUGCCGCAGACGCGGGAGUCGCCGGCGGACUCGAUGGCGCACUGGGCGAAGGGCGACGCAAAGCUGACGGAGGAGGACAUCUUGGUGUACCUCACGAUGGGUGUCACGCACAUCCCGCGCCCGGAGGACUGGCCGGUGAUGCCGGUGGAGCAUGUGCGCGUGCUCUUCCGGCCGACGAACUUCUUCGAGAUGAAUCCGUCGAUGGACGUGCCCGGCGCGGACGACAAGAACAGUAGACUGGCGUUCCCGGACGGCACGGAGGCCGCGUGCUGCGCCAACUGA